GCAUCAAGCUGAAACCCAGCAUAUCAAUGCAACACAAUCCUCUGAAUUAGGGGUUUGAAACAAAUUGUUUUAAACCAAAUAUUAGACAAAAGCAAGAAUAAGGAGAUUCAAUCAUCAAAGUCCAAGUUUAUGCACCUAACCUUAUCUACAUUUGAUUCACUAGAAGUAAAACUUAUCCCCACAUGAUUAUCAAAUGUCUAAAUCCUCACAAUACACAUUGCUGAUAAUAAGAAAUAAAACCCAACUCUUAUACCACAUGCAUUAGAACAAACAUCAGGUGUGCCACUUUAUUCAACCCAACCAAGCACUCCAAGUCUUGGUCACAUAAACGCUAGUAAACAUAUCAACCACAUUUUCAGAAAAGCUGUCGUUCUACAUCUACUAUAAUACUAUUCUUCAAUCUUCAUCCAUCUUGUUCUUAUGAAUCCUUUUAAUAUAUACUAGGAGGCGAUGCCGCGCCUUGUCACGGGCGGAGAUGGUCUAUUGGCAUAUAUUAUGUUGCCAGUUAUGGUGUUUUGUUAGUAUUAUUAGUCGUCUAAACCUUAAAAAAAUUAGCAAGUUUGUUAGUAAAAUUGACUUCAUAAUAUGAUCUUGACUGAGAAUAGAUAUAUAGCGGUGAACAUCCAAUUUUGAAAAUUUUGAAAAUUUUGGCUAGUAAAUGAUAUAUACCUAAACUCAAGUGACUUAUUGAUUAUGGAUAGGGUAUGAGUGACGUAUAUGUGGGUUUGGAAGUUUGUAGAAGGGUUUGGGUAGGGUAUGGGCAUUUACUUCCAUAAUCUAAAUGUGUAUGAGUUGGGUAUGGAUAUCCAUGGAUUCAAGUGAAAUCUAAACAUUGGACCAAUAUGUAAAUUUAAAAAAUUAUAGGUACAAAAAUCUUAUAAAAUGUAGAUACAAAAAUAUAAUUGUUCAAUGAAUUUACAUUAAAAUUAAAUUUGAAGUAUCAAAAUGCAAAAUAUACAUUAUAGUGAUUAAAUUUUUAUUUAAUUAAAUUUGAGAUAUAAAAAGUAAGUUUUUAUGCAACCGUUAACUUACUUCAACUUUAUAUAUAUUGAUAUCCUAAAUAUAAUUAAAGCUACAAUGUGAUUACUGUAACUUAAGAGCUUUUCUAUUUUGCACCACUGUCAUUCUUCUUUGAAUGACCCGUAUCACCAUUUCCAGUGGGAUUUUAACAUAAAACAUGAUAGUCAUAGGGAGUAGGGACUAGGGAGGUUUGGGGAUUUUAGAAUUAUUAUGUUUAUGAGUAUAUUAUAAUCAGGGAUCGUUAUUAUUUCUUCUUCUUGGUUUUGGCUAAUUGAUGAUGAGAGUUGGCCAUGUUUUAGAGUUUUAUCAAAAGUAAUUUAAGCCGUACCGAAAAAGUUAGUAUUAUAGUAUUUUGUGCUAAAAUCGUAAUUCAAUCGUGGUUAAAAUUAGACUUGACACGUUGUUCCAACCCGAGCUUCAAUUUAUGUUGAGAAAAGAAUCAAAAAUUUGUAAAAUCAUACCGAAGGUCGUACCAAAAAAUUAGUAUUAGGUCAUUUUGUGCUAAAAUCGUACUUCAGUCGUGGUUAAAUCAUUUCAUAAAGCUAAAAUCACCUAUUGAUUUAGAUUCCGUUAGUAGUUGUUCUAUUGGACUAGCAUUACGAUACGAUCGUAGUUCAACCGUUAUUAAAUCAGGCUAAAGACAUUGCUCCAACCCAAGUCUCGAUUUAUGUUCAGAAAUAAAAACCUAAAAUGGUACAACCAUACCGAAUGCCAUACCAAAAAAGUUAGAAUUAGGUAUUUUGUGCUAAAAUCGUAAUUCAACCGUGGUUAAAUCAGGCUUAACACAUUGCUCCAACCCGAGCAUCAAUUUAUGUUCAGAAAACCAUAAAUUGUAAAACCAUUCUUAAGAUCAUAUCGAAAAAGUAAGCAUUAGAGUACUUUGUGCUAAAAUCGUAGUUUAACCGUGGGUAAAAUCAAGCUUGAAAUGUUGCUCCAAUCCGAGCCUUGAUGUACAUAGAAAAUCCAUAAAUUGUAAAACACACCGAAGGUCAUACCCGUAAAGUUAGCAUUAUGAUAUUUUGUGCUAAAAUCGUAGUUUAGUCGCAGUUAAAUCAGGCUUUACACGUUGCUCCAAACCGAGCAUUGAUGUGUAUUGAGAAAAUAACAAAAAUUGUAAACCAUAUCGAAAGUCGUACCAGUAUAGGUAGAAUGAGGAUAUUUUGUCCUAAAAUUGUAGUUUAGCCGUAGUUAAAUCAUUACAUAUAGCUAAAAUCACCUAUCAAGUUAUAUUUCGUUAGAAAUUUCUAUUAUAUGACUACUAAACACGGUCAAAAAUCAAAUACGGAUUAGCAAACAAUACUUCUAAUCCUAUGAAAAGCCGGCACAUAAUCUACCUAGUAUAUGUUAUAUGAGCAUUUUUCUUAGUAUAAUCUUAUUGACUGGGCUCUCACUAAUGAUCCCACUUUUGUUUUAACAGGAAGAUGUCAUCAAAACACCAGCUUGUUUGCCCUGCAAGUAAACUUAGUUCACCUAUCAAAAUUCAUGGAAAGAAGACGAUUGGCAGUGCCACCAAAAAAUUCGCCAAAAGAGUUAUACUGACAAUCCCCAAGGUACUGUUCUGCUGUGUUUUCCUUCUUUCGUUUGCUCUUCUAUUUCUUUUUAAUGUAUUUCUUUUCAUAAGUGGGUCAUACGUCACAGUUUGCUACUUAAUCAACAUUUAAGCCACUUUAAUUUGAUAUUUACAUUGUGGAUCACUGUGAGUUUAAAUUUUGGGGUAAGUAAGGUUGAGCGGGGAAGAGAGUUCACAGUGUGUUCAUUUGUCUUGUUUAUUUCAUUGUAAGAUUCAUUAUAUAGGUGAAUAAGGUUAUUGAAAGUAGGGGUUGCAGUUCGGUUUCUGGUUAGCGGCUAACCGGAAGGUUUAUCCGAUAACCGCCGGUUACCAGCUAACCGAAAACCUAGGGUUAUUUACCUCGAUCGGUGGACGGUGGAAGAAAGAUGGUUUUCGGCUAGCCGAGUAACCGAGGGUAAUUAACCGCGGUUACCCGACUAACCGAAAAUAACCGGCCAGCCACCCAAAGGCCAGCCAUCCUCCUCCUUCAAAACCCAGCCCUGCCAGUCAUCCAAACCCUACCCUCAUAUUUCUUUCUUCUUCUUCUUCCAUCGCCAUCUCCCUAAUUCUUUCUUCUUCUUCUUCUUCUUCUUCCGCUCCGACGACCCCAGGCCUCCCCGCUUCUCCCAUCGCCUUCCUCGCCUUCCUCCGUCAAGCCGCAGACAGAGCAGAGAUAGUCAAACGGCGACCCCAGGCCUCCCGGCACUACCUAGAUGUCCGCCUCUGCUCCUCUGUGGCCGGCGUUGUGCAGAUGUGGUGGGUUUGAAAUGGAGGAAGGAAGGAGAGCGAAGGAAGAAGGGGUCUGGUGAGUUUUUUUGGGAGAAAGGAAGAAGGGUUCUGGUGGGAUUUUUUGGGAGGAAAGAAGGAGAGAGAAGGAAGAAGUGGUCCACGAGUCUGGUGGGAUUUUUGGCUGCGAGGAAGGAAGGAGAGAGAAGGAGAGAAGGAUUCAGAGGUGGGGGAUUUUUUGUAUUUUUUUUUAUAAUAAUUUUUAAUGAAUUUUGUAGAGAGAAGGGUGUUUUUUUUUUUGCUUAUGCGGCUAAUCGAACCAAAACCGAUAACCGACCGGUCGGUGGUCGACUUGCCGUGGUGUCCUUUACGGUUGGUGGUCGGUAGAAGGCAGUGGUGGCUCGGUUUAACCGAUAUCGAUUUUCGGUUAAACCGAAACCGACCGAUUGACACCCCUAAUUGAAAGGUUCAAUUCUCUGAGGAGAAAAAAAAAAAAAAAACAAUACGAAACAUUCUACCUUUGCCCUUUAUUUCAGACUCGUCAGUUAUUAAUGAAUCAGUAAUAUUAACUACCAGUUAUGCUUCUAGCUUUUUUUUUAAACACUACUUUGGAAAGAUAUUUGAUCCCAAUCAUGCUUUUUCAAUAGAAACCCUUCUAAAAAAAGUAUAGUCAAACUCACACAAUAUUUGAGAGAAACAGUUAUAUUCCGUAAAUGUUUUAUAGAUGAAUAUAUUCGCACCUUACUCUAUAUCGUAUAAACCAAAUGAAAGUACGCUACAAUAAAUCCGUUUGGUACUGUUCAUCGCAUAAUGCAUCUCUAUUUAGCACUGUUGUGAUUUUUACAAAUGCAACUUUUGGAAAUAAUUUUUGUCAAAACAUGUUUUGAAAAAAAAAAAAAGAGUUCCUGGUUACGAAUUAUUGAAAUUACUUUCUAAAACAAGAAGUGAUACAAAAUAACCACAAACUACAAGUAUAAAAAUACAAUAAUAAAAUAAUUGAAAUGGAUCUUGUUGGAAUUGUCUUUUAUAAAUGAAGUAAAUUUAUGUUUUCCGGAAAAAAAAGCGAUAAGAUAAGAAUUACUAACUCGCACGAAACUACACCGCAAAUUAAUCCCGACUAGAGCCCAGAAUUUUAAACUCUAGUCGGGUGCAGUAUAGGGCAAGUAUUUAAAUUGUAAACCCGGGCCGGUCCAGGUACCGUUACUUUAAUCGCUUAAGUUGUUAUCUAGCAAAAUGAUUUUGGGUUUAAAACUAAUAAACCUACAAAUGAAAACAAACAAGUAAAGUAAAUCGAGGUUGUCCCAAUGAGAGAAGAGUUCACUCGGGUGUUGCUCCCCCUAGCUAAAAAUUAUGACUUGAAAAAUCGAACGACCAUGUGUGGUUAGGGGUUCAUAAACCGCAGGGAAGUCUAACAAGCAGCCGAAGCACCCACUUAGUCUCUAGGUUUAGGAAUGGGAUACGAUCCAAGCCACUAAUGUGACCCUCUCAACCUAUCGACUAAGGAAUGGUUAGACUUCACCCUCGAAUUGGAGUUCGGACGGCCACAGCACAACCAAACCCUAAGUGCUAAUGCGAAUUAAGAUGUUUGCUCUUUAACUAACCUAUAAUAGGAGGCAUAGAAUGCCCAAGGAAACCCAUCUCUAAUAGAGCCUCUUAAGUUAAGGAGGGUUCUCUCUAAACUAGCUUAGGAGGCAUUAAAUGCCCAAGGAAACCCAUCUCGAAAUGAGCCUCUUAGGUUAAGGACGGUUCUCUCUAAACUAGUUUAGGAGGCGUUGAAUGCCCAAGGAAACUAAGUCUCUUGGGUAAAGGGGGUUUCCUCUCUAAACUAGACUAGGAGGGAUGCAAUGCCCAAGAACCCCAUCUCAAUAUUGAGUCUCUUAACCUAAAGAGGUUUCCUCUCUAAAGUCUAAACUAGCCUAGGAGGCAUGAAAUGCCCAAGAACACCCAAUGAACCUCCUAACCUAAGGAGGUCUCCUCUCUAAACUAGGUUAGAAUGGCAAUUAGAUUGGUAGGCUUUCACACAACACAAUCAUUUCUGAAUAAUACCUCUACAUUCACAUUAAAACACAACCACAACAAAUCAUUCCAUUCAUACAAGCAUCCACAUAAUUGUAGCUAGGGUUUACAAUACCCAAGUGAGUAGGUAGGCUAAUCCAUAGCUAGGCAAAAGAAAACAACAAAAAGGAGAGAAAGAACCAUGGAGAGGUGGAAAUCUUCCUCCCUUGUUGCUUGAAUCUCCCUUGAGAAGAAGAAAUCUUCAAUCCCCUAGCUUGAAUUGAGCCCAAUCUCCUUCUUCCUCCUUUGAGUGUCCCUUUCUCUCUCUAGAAUGGGAAGAGGAAACCCUAAUCUCUCACUAGAAACCCUCUUUAUUCUGAAAACUAAAACCCUAGAAAAAACUCUCAUUUCUCUCUCCCAGCAACCUUCUAUUUAUAGAGCUCAAUAGUCACUCCUCACGGUCAGAUAUCAAGGUCGUGACAUUGGGGCUCUAACCUCGACAUUGGACCAAAUCACAUGUCAGUGGUGUCGUUUUGGUCCAUCUUCUCGGUCAACGGCUGGUUUUCACGAUCAACAAACCGUGAACCAUUGGGCGUCAGUAACCUCAGAACAGGCUCCGGAAGCACACAAUGUCACUUCCAAAGGGAAAUUGCCACGGUCAUAAGACUGUGACAUUGGAUCUUUACCCGUGACAAUUAAUUCUCAAGCCUAGUGAUCAAUUGUCAAGGUCUGUUGACCGUGACAUUUGACCCUUGCCCUUGACAUUGGACUGUUCUUCACUUUACUUCACUUUUUGGCGCUUUAUCAACUCCAAUCGUCCCGAAACUCGUCCUCGACCUUCUCACACGUACUAGGAUCCAAAAUAUGACAAAACAAGCACAACCUAGCGUGAAAUAUAUCGAGGGACGACGAAAUGAAAAGUCAAACUAUCAAGAAAUGAGGAAUAAAAUGUGUACAAUUAGGUAUGGAUCAAUUACUCUUUUUAAACAAAGAAAAAUUCAUAAUCAAAGAUUUUUGCAUGUAUGUUAUAAUUUAUAAAAGUGUUUCUAGCUUUUUAAAGAUUAUUUUAAUUUGAAAAGAUAUUUCAUCUUUUAAAAUAGAAAACCUUCUAAAUCUAUAGUCAGGAAAAAAGUUUUAUUCCUUAGGUAUAUUAUAAAUAGAAUAUAUUCGCACCUUACACCAUAUUGGAUAAACCAAAUGGAAACACUAUGUAAAGAAGAACAUAAAUUAUUGAAAUGGACUAGUAAGUUUAGUCCCUAAACUUGGACAUUUUUAUCAACCGAGUCCUUAAAUUUUGCUCCUCUCUAAACAAGUCCCUGAACCGUGUAACUUGUCUAAAAUCGACCAAGAAUUUGGCAAUUGAUUUGAACUUGCUUAGUUUGUUUAGCAACUUCAUCACAGAUUUUGUUUUUCAAAUUACUCCAGUUAAAUAAUGUCACAGUUUCAUUAGUCACCAAAGCUCUAAGCAAUCCGGGUACAAUUGAUUUUUUGGACAUUUCAUGGCCGAAGUUGUCGUCAAGCUAAAGUUGAGUCUGCACCUAUUAGUCAAAUCGGUAAAACAAAAUUCGACAAUAAAGGACCCAAUUUGGAAAAACUCACAAUGUCCGAGGGUCCGUUGAGAAAAAAAAAAUUAAAGUUCAAGAACUGGUUUGAGAAAGUUAUCAAAAUCCAGGGGCAAAAUCAGAAUUUAAAAUUUUGGGAAAAUAUUAUUGUAAUUAGAUGGCGUGAGAAUGGAGCGGUUUUCUUCAAUUCGUGUUGGGUUUUAUUUUCUCUAGAAACUGUUCUUCUGUUUAGUGUCCGCCACUCCACUUCCUAGUUUCAAACCCACUUCCCUAAUACUCUCUCCAAAACAAAACAGAACAAAAAAAACCAACUCCUCAAUUCCCUUUCUUCCCCACCACCUCUUCCCUUCCCUUAAUAAGCUCCAAGGCCCAACUCGCUAAUCCGCAAACUAAACUGCCAUUGCCAUGGAUGAUGGCAAAGCAAAGCAAGAAGCCAAUCAACAAUGGACACCAGCUUUCAUUCCCUUGCCAAUUGUUUUCUGUUUAGUUUCUGCUGAUUAACACAACAACUCCUGCUGCUGCUGUGCUGGCUUCUUAUUCCCCCGUACUAUUAUUAGUCUUUGCAUAAGCUGGUGAAAGAAGCAGUCGGGAAGCACAGUGACAAAUUGGAAGACAUGUUCGAUUGCCUUCUCGGCUGGCGUAGAGCUUCCAAAUGCAAGAGAACAGUAAGGCAGCUUCAGGUUCGGAUGCGAGGGCUGAAGAACAAAAGGCAAGCCAUGAUCAGGCAGUUGAAGGAGGACGUUGCUCAGCUCAUCAAGCUUGGCUGCCAUGAUAUUGCUUUCAACCGGGUGGAGCAGCUGGUGAAAGAUGAGGACAUGAUCAAAGUUUUUGAAUUGCUAGACAAUUACUGCGACGUUAUCAUCAUUAACCUCUCUUACAUCCGAAAGCGCAAAGAUCUUCCGAAUGACAUCAACGAGGCAGUUUCAAGCCUGGUAUUUGCAUCUGCAAGGUGCGGCGACCUCCCCGAGCUACUAGUCAUCCGCGAGCUCGCUGAGGAUCGUUAUGGCCCGCGAUUUGAGAGGACUGCUCUUGAUCUCUUGCCUGGAAACCUUGUCAACCAUCAGGUGAGGAAGAAGCUCACAGUUCGAUCCGUUUCUGACGACGAGAAGCUGAGAUUGGUUGAUGAAAUCGCAAGAGAAAACCGCCUUUUACCAGAGAUUGUGGUUCUAGAUUACCCUCCAAAACUCGCACAGAAACAGGACAAGUUACCACCACCAAUUGAAGUCCUCCAAGUUGUAGAGCAUGGUGAUGAUGAACAGCAACAACAGCCUCCUCCUUCGUCUUCUUCUUCUUCCAGAGGAAAGAUCAAUAAACCUGAUCACCAUCAGCAGGACUACUGCUGCGAUUUAUCAUCAUCAUCAAGCAACUGCUUCAGCUCAAUCCUCCAGCCAACAACUUCAGGCUGCAGCCAGAAUUCCUUCUCAACGAUCACCACUUCUUUCAGCUCAUCCGCCAUGACUCAAUCUUCACAGGACGAAUUGGAGUACCUCAUGAACCGAAUCGGCACCAACGAAACCCUGAUGCCUUACAUGGCCAAUGAAACCGAAACCUACAUUCCAGAACUACCAAAACAAGAAAUCAAAUCCCAGAAGCAGCGAAAGGCCGCGUCCUCCACAGAGAGCCUGCCUCAGUUUCCUGAAGAAGAGAUGCUCGUGUACCUAGACGACGUGGAAGAAGUUCAGUCCUCCAUUAGCGGGAAAGAAGGAAGCUUUCAGGACCAGAGGGUCUUCAAGUUCAGAACCCAUAAAGUCGACGAGAUCAGUGACUACAGGGAGGAUGAUACGGAUGAGUACGGAUCUUCAGGGGACGGAUCGAGGAGCUCGAUUCGGUCAAGAAAGAUGGUUAAGAACACUGUCAGGAAAAGAUCGAGGAAGAGAUCGGUUUCCAAGGAAAACCCAGAAUUAGUAAUUGAAGGAGACAUUAUGUACUAUGAAAACCCUCCAUGGAAAAGGCCUCCAUUGAUCCCUCCCAGUCCCAAUCAGAAACAGAAAUAUGAGCUUCACCGAAAUCAGGAAGCUCGUAAACCCUGUCGCGAUCCUUCGAAUGUGGAGGAAUCGGAGACAGAGAAGGAAUGGAGAGCGUUCCAGGAGAAAUUCAGGAGGAAGAGCUGUGAGUUGGGCGGUGGAGGAAUGAAGCCGCCAUAUUCAAGAGCAAUGUCCAUGCCGCAGGAAAGGAGCAGUUCGAAAUGUCAGUCGGAGAACAUCGACAGAACGAUGUCGUUUCCAAAUCAGUCGCCGAACCACGUUCACCCCAAGUUGCCGGACUACGAUGAUUUGGCGGCGAAAUUCAGGGCUUUGAAGAAAGAGCAUAGGGGGCAUGGGCGCUACUGAAGUUAUGAGCGUCCAUUUGUUUAAAUUUUUGCUUAUGUGUAGUGAUGAAGUUAAAAAGGAUCUUACAGUGAACGGUUGAUUAUAUGCGUAUAUGAUAUGACUGCUGCAACAGGGUGAAUUUGCCAGAGAUGGAACAGUGGAAAAUUAGGAAAGUUUAAUUUUGUCUUGGGAAGUUUCAGGUUGUCUAGUUUUAUGUAGGGAUUGGGGUAUGUGCUUUUUGCUUGGACAUGUAGAGAACAAUUUUGAACGGUGAUGUUUUACAGGGGAAAGAUAGGAUAAUAAAUUUUUGAACUAGGU